AAAAACAUAUGUUUUUAAGCUCAGAUCAGUAAUUCUUUUGUAACAAAGUCUAAAACUCGGCCAAAUUCAAGCCCCUCGUAAACUGAGUCCAAUUCCAAAGUUACCACCAUGGCCAAACGCGAUAUCCUGCCCGUCUUUCCCUCCCGAGCCAAUUCGGUGAUCAUGAAGCAGCGGGUUCUUGCGGCGAGGAGGGGCGUGGGUCUCCUGAAGCGGAAGCGGGACGCCAUCGAUAUGAAGCUGCGCGAACUGCGGCGCAUCCGUUUCGACCAGGACAUCAUUGGGGAUGAGACGAUGCGUCAUGCCAUAUUCUCGAUGGCAAAGGCCAAUCUCCUGGGCGCCGAUUUUAAGCCGCAGAUGGUGAGCCGCAGCCAUAUGGCAUCCGUAUCCCUCCGCCGAACGGAGAUAAAAAUUGUGGGCGUCAAACUGAACACCCUGGAGCUGGAGGCAAAGGGCGUGGGCGCCUUUCCGCUGACGGGUCUCAGUUGUGGUGGGAUGCAGGUCAACCGGAUCAGGGAUUGCUAUACGACGGCACUCAAGGCACUCGUGGAGUUCUCCUCCCUGGAAUACCAAGUGCGCAUGCUGGAGGCGGCCUCGCUGCAGACCAACAUGAGGGUCAAUGCCCUGGAGCAUGUGGUAAUACCCGUUCUGCAAAAUACCUACAACUAUAUAUGCGGCGAGUUGGAGGAGUUCGAGCGCGAGGACUUUUACCGCCUGAAGCGCUCCCAGGCGAAGCAGCUGGAGGCCAAGAUGGCCUUCACCGAGCUGAUCAAGACCAAGAACAUGACCGACGAGGAGCUGGAGACCUACAUAAAGCGGAACAUAAGUCAUGCACGUCCUGCGGUCGACACACCCUUCGAUCAGGAAAAGUUCGAGGAGCGGGAGGUGAAGCGGCGGAUGCGGGAGGCCCGAAUGUCCAUGAAGCAGCGCCGCGAGGAGGAGAAGAAGGAGGCCCUCCAACGGGGCGAGCCCCCGCCGCCCACAUCCUUCAUCACCACUCAUGGCGCCUCGCUCAGUUUUGCUGGUCGCAAGAGAGAUCCACGUGCCAGCAGUGGGGAUCUGUACAGCACCAAGCGGAUGCUCCUCUCCUCCACCUCUGGGCCGGAACGGAGGUCCACCAUUAGUGUGUCUAAUAGAAAGUCCGAUUCUUCUGCGCCCGAAACCCAGGAAACCGCGCCCAGAUCCAGCGGAGCGUCAAAAAAAGAUGAUGAUGGGCCCAAGGAGAGUUAGUCGAAUUACAAAUAAAUUCUAGCUGCACUAUCAUCACAAAGUAAUCUCGAAAACUGCAAUUGUCAAAUAAAUCUCCGGUAGCUUUAAA